CAAUAUCUUCCCAUUACAUGUUACAAACAACAAUAUAUUUGACAACAUGGCUUCUGGACAUCGUCAACAAAGCAAGUUAGAUGCCAAAUUCAAAGCUAUGUUUGAAACCGAAGACGAGAAGUUCCAGAAGCUUCUAGAUUGCUUAAAGCCUCUAAGCGAGAACCAGGUACAAGUUGACAGCUUUACUCUAUCCGAUUUAAACAGUAUCUUUUUAACUGCAUGCCAAAUGGUUAAACAUGUCCAAGUCCUCACCAAAAUUCCUUACAAAGAUGUACGCGAUAGCAUGUUAGCCAAGGCAAACUCAUUAGGGAUUUGUCCUCUAAGUCACGAGAUGAAUCUUCGUCACAUCUACGACGUUUGUCAAUGGAUGAAAAUCAAAGCCGGUAUUAAAGCAGUUGUGGAGGUGCAACGUAGCGAGAAGCUAAAGAGGCGAGCUACAGCAAAAGGGAGGACGGUUGCUGAAUCGGCUAUGAUCAGAGCGUUUAACGCUCAGUUUGCUGAGUAUAGCUCUGAGCUAAAGAGAGCUCGUGCGGCUUUGGAGAAAGAGAGUGAUACUGGUGUUCGUAUCCGAGACAAGUACUGGCCAGUUUCUGCAUUCGAUGUAGCCAUUAAUGUUUUGCAUGAAGAGGCAAUUCUUGAUUUUUGUAGGAAAGUGGAAGUGAAAUGUGGUUUAUACAAGUAUGUUGAAGGAUUGAUUGAACGUAAGACAGUGUGUUUUGCUUUACGUGAAGCCGAUAAUCUUCGGACUGUUCUUAAGGAAAUGGAAAGUUUUGAAGUUCUAGUUUCGUCCAUGGAUGGAAAUUGUCUUGUUGGUGAUAAAAGGAAAGAUAUUGGAUCAGUGCUUGGUCAUGGUGGAGAAUCAUCGUCUAAGAGGGAGAGACGUCUUACUUACGCUACUGAUUCCUCUAGCGACGAUGAAUCUAUCUCCGGCAAUAAUCCUCGCCGUCAGAUCAAACCAAAACCACCAAAACGUUACGUCUCUAAGAUCUGUGUCCCGACGUUGAUCAAAAGGUACGAGAACGUUUCGAAUUCCACAGGGAAUAAAGUAGCCGGAAACCGGAAAUCGUCCUCGGGUUUCAAAGGCGUACGACGGAGGCCGUGGGGGAAAUUUGCGGCGGAGAUAAGAAAUCCGUUUGAGAAGAAGAGAAAGUGGCUUGGAACGUUUCCUACUGAAGAAGAAGCAGCAGAAGCUUAUCAGAGAAGUAAAAGAGAGUUUGAUGAACGAUUAGGUUUAGUUAAACCGGAAAGAGAUUUAGUAGAUUUGACCAAGCCUUGUGGUGUACGUAAACCUGAAGAGAAGGAAGUUACUGACAAGUCAAAAUGCAAAAAGGUAAGUAAGAGAAUUGUUACUGACAAGUCAUUUGGUUGUGGUUAUAAUGCUGAUGAAGAAGAGGGAGUGAUUGGUAAAAUGUUGGAAGAUCCGUUGAUGACAUCUUCGAUUGCGGAUAUUUUUCGUGAUUCGGUUGUUGAAGCAAAUGAUAUUUGGGUGGAUUACAAUUCAUCGGAAUUUAAUUCGCUUUUAGAUGAUCUAAAGUUCGAUUUUGUGGAGGAUGAUAGAGUAGGCAAGGAGAAAACAUUUGGAUUUAAGAUUGGGGAUGACACCAAGGUUAAUCAUCAUGCGAAAAUCGUAUCGACGAUUGGGGAUAUUUUCAACGAUGAUUUACUUGACUUUGAUCCGUUGAUGGAUGAUUUUCGGUUAGAAGAUUUUCCAAUGGAUGAUUUUGGAUUAUUAGGAGAUCCAGAGGAUGAUGAUUAUAGUUGGUUUAAUGGUACUACUGAUUGGAACGAUAAGUGUUUAUGAGAGUUCUUUGACACGGCGACGGUAUUAGUACAAAUCAUUGAGUUACAAGUUCUUGUAAUUCGUUUUUGGUUUUGAUGGUUUUGUAACUAACUUUUAUAUAAAGAGAUUAUUUCAUAAGAGAAGCUUUUACUAGUAUGAAAUUUAGUUUCGUAAACUGAUUAAGAAUAAAGUUGUAACCAUGUC